CGUACGGGGAAAGACGUUAUUUUAGCCAGCGAAGGCCAGCAGUGUCGACGAGAUACGUCCCACAAACACACACCGGUGAAUAUAGACGCUCUCCCUUUUCGUGUUCUCGUGAUUCGAGCAAACGGUUUUGUUGUGUUGUGUUCUGUUAUAGCCGCCAUGCCGUGUGAUCACAUCAGAUAGAAGGCCAUGAAAGCGUAGUAAAAUUAGUUUAGAAGAAAAGAAGGAGAAGAGUGGAGAAUAAGCUGGCAGGGCGGUCCGCAGCGCAAGAGGAAGAAAAUAGCUGCAUAAAACAAUCUCGUGUGUGUUAAUGUGUUCUCCAUCGGGUCGGCUUAACUUCGAAGUGUGUUUUUGUUGCUGGUGUACACUUAUUUAUAAACGGAUAUCACCGCCGAGGGGAGCACUGCGACGGAGCUCCGAGAAGAAUUGAAUUAAAGAUUGAGUCGGGUUCGAGCGAAAGCGGUGGAACGAAAAAUAAAAGCAACGAAGCAUUCUUAUAACAAUCGCCAGUUUUGUGAGUGUGUGUCAAAGGUUUCUCCGUUGGACUUCAGCACGAACCUCGAGCAACACCCCCGUACGAAACACAGAAACUGCGGACUAUGUGGGGCUCUCUAAAGUGGGUUAGUUCCAUACAUCAGUAGAGAAAAGACGCGCCUGUUGAAACUAAGUUGCAAAAAAAGGUGCAAAACGUUCGGACUGCCUAGCUGGUCGAGGUCUGAGUUAUGAAAAUUAGUGCUUGUACUAUCCAGAAGAGUGAACGGUGAAUUGAUAGUUCAGUGCACUGUGUGCUGUUAAUACAACUAGAACAACUCUCAUUGCCGGAGAGUAGAAGAAACGUUGUGAACUUGUGUCGAUCGAAGCAAAAAUGCACGAUUAUAAAUUCCACAAUGGAGUGAAAAGAAAUUUGUGUUUAAAGUAGGGGUGAUUUGUGAUUCAAAUUUUGUCCGGUGUGACGUUUGGCAGUGAAAAAAUCAUCAACCUGGCUCUGGCACGGGGAAGCAGCUCUAUAUUCAUCCUCUGCUUAGCACUCGCGUUUUUGCGGUGCUUCACACCAGCAUCCGCAGGUCGCAACAACUUUCUCCGUCACGAUGAUGCACUACCGAAAGGGUGCUCCUGGACCGGUGCGGUACUGGAAGUUUCGCAGGAGAAAAGAUCCGACGAGAUGCAGUGCAAAAUUAAAACCAUAACCAAGACCGAAAGUCUGCUAGCGAAUAUAAGUAGUUAUCAAAUUGAUAGGAUUAAAUCGCUGAAGUUAGAAUGUAACGACAUUAUGUUCUUUGAAAGUUCCUUAGAAUCGACAACAACGCCCGGAAAUUUCCUGGGCAAUCUUAACAGCUUGCUGAAGCUGUCGAUUGAGUACUGCAAAAUUAAAUAUAUUCCUGCGAUGGCAUUCUCGACGAUGAAGAUGCUGAAAAGCCUUACUCUAAGCACCCACAAUGUGGACUGGUCUGUGAUGAAUCUGGAAUUGCAUCCGGACAGCUUUCGGGGCUUAACCGAGCUCAAGGAAAUACAUCUGGCUGAUAACAAUAUCUGGAGCCUUCCAAACGAAGUAUUCUGCCCGCUAUACACUCUGAGAGUGCUCAACUUAACCGGAAAUAGGCUGGGUGAUAUAUCCCAGCUAGGGCUUUCCGAUUGGGGCAAAGGACCGAUGGCACCGGGAAAGGCAUGCAACACUGGAUUGGAGGUUUUGGACCUUUCGGGAAAUGACAUCUCUCUAAUGCCCGAUAAUGGGUUGUCGGCUUUGCGUUCAUUAAAUGCCCUUCAUUUGGCGGACAAUCUGUUGAAGGAGAUUGCAGAUCGCGCGUUCGUUGGUCUUGGCACGCUAGAGGUUCUCAAUCUUUCAAAUAACAAAUUGACCGCUCUUACGCCCGAGCUGUUCCAAUCUUCGCGGAAAAUACGACAAAUUCAUCUGCAGAAUAAUUCGCUUUCGGUUCUUGCACCUGGCGUUUUCGAGGGACUCGAUCGGCUUGAAACGUUGGAUCUGUCCCGCAAUCAGUUGACAUCGACAUGGGUUAAGCGUGAUACAUUUGCCGGUCAAGUGCGUCUGGUGGUGCUGAAUCUCGGCUAUAACCAUCUCUCGAAGGUGGAUCCUCACGUGUUCAAGGGAUUGUAUAGCUUGCAAAUACUAAACCUGGAGCACAAUUCCAUCGAACUGAUAGCGGACGGGGCGUUCAGUGAUUUGAAAAAUUUACAUGCGCUUUUUCUCUCCCACAACAGCUUGCGUCAGAUUGAGCCGUACCAUUUCAGCGAGUUGUACGUCCUCAACCAGCUGAUUCUGGAGUCGAAUCAAAUUGCGUACAUACACGAGCGCGCGUUUGAGAAUUUGACCCACCUGCACGACCUAAGCCUGAACGAUAAUCGGCUCGAGGAGAUACCGUCCGGGAUGAAAAGCCUGAAGUUUUUACAAUCACUCGACCUGGGCAAGAACCAAAUUGCGGAGAUAAAUAACUCCUCCUUCGAGGGGCUGGAAGAGUUGAUGGGGUUACGGCUGGUGGACAACCAAAUAACGGAGAUUUCGAGAGACACGUUCUUCGCCCUGUCGACCAUCCAUGUGCUGAAUUUGGCCAGCAAUCGGAUACGGCACGUGGACCAGUCAGCUUUCAGCUCGAAUCCAACGCUGCGGGCGAUUCGACUCGACAACAACGAGAUGGAGGACGUGGCGGGGGUCUUCACUUCUCUUACCUCGCUAGUGUAUUUGAAUAUCUCCGAUAACAACAUCGGUUGGUUCGAUUAUUCACACUACCCGCAGUCGCUGGAAUGGCUCGAUAUACACAAGAACAAUAUCUCCGAGCUGGGAAAUCGAUACGACGUGGGAAAUUGGUUCCAGCUGAAAAUGCUAGACGUUUCCCACAAUCGCAUAAAGUACAUCAAUGCCAGCUCGUUCCCGAAAAACAUUGAAACGUUGCUGCUGAACAAUAAUUUGAUUGAGGAGAUUGCCCCGGAGACUUUUACCUCUAAGGAGAACAUUGUGAAAGUGGUGCUUUAUGGCAAUCACCUGCGCCGGCUGGAAAUGUCCUCGCUGGCGCUGACGCUUGUUCCGGACACCAGGACGAUGCCAGAGUUCUAUAUAGGUGAUAAUUUAAUACACUGUGAUUGCAGUAUGGAAUGGUUACAGCGCAUCAACGAGCUGAGCUACCUCCGUCAGUAUCCUCAGGUGAAGGAUUUGGAUUCGGUCAUGUGCACGAUGGAACACGAGAGGGGUGAACUGGUGCGCCCCCUGAUGGAAAUGAAAGCAAGCGAGUUCUUAUGCAAAUAUGAGAGUCAUUGUUUCGCAACAUGCCACUGCUGUGAUUUCGAUGCCUGCGAUUGCAAGAUGACAUGUCCGAAUCGGUGCAGCUGCUACCAUGAUACCGCGUGGGAGUCAAAUAUUGUUGAUUGUGGCAGCAUCGGAUUGACUUCGGUGCCGGCAAAAAUCCCAAUGGACGCCACCGACAUCUAUCUGGAUGGUAAUAACUUUGGUCUGCUGGAGAGUCACGUUUUCAUCGGCAAGAAGAAGCUCAAAUCACUCUAUUUGAACAAUAGCAACAUUGGCGGGCUGAAUAAUAAAACUUUCGGCGGAAUUCUGGCACUCGUUGUGCUUCAUCUGGAGAACAAUGGACUGGAGCAAAUUAGCGGAGCCGAGUUCGAGCAACUGCGGGAGCUGAAGGAGCUCUAUCUGGACCACAACGCAAUCAGCUCCAUCGGGAAUAAAUCGUUCUAUUAUCAGAAAUCGUUGGAAGUGCUUACGAUUAGUGACAAUAAAAUCGAUGAAUUGAAACCAUGGGAACUGAUGCCACUGGGGACCGGUACGUUCCGGCUAAUUUCGCUGAGUGGCAAUAAACUGAGCUGUGCCUGUGAAUCGAUGAAUAAAUUGGUGGACUGGGCCGAACGGCAAUUUAACGAAACGAAUGGACUAAGUGAAUUUCAGUGUACGAAUAAUAAAUUGCUAAAGGAUGUGCUGAAGGAGUGUGAGAGCCACAAGAGUGCCCCAAUUGCGACACCAACCGUGCAGCGAACGAUUAUCGAUAAUGAUUUUAUAGACUAUUUACCGCUGUUGAUUGCCGUACUGGCCGGACUGGUUCUGACGAUUCUAAUAGUGACACUGGUUUUUCUCUUCCGGAACGAUGUCUGUUUGUGGGCGCAUUCACGCUAUGGUGUAAGAAUCUGUAAGGAUCCCCUGAGCGCAAUGGAACGGUGCGAGGAUAACGAGAAGCUUUAUGAUGGUUAUCUUAUCUACAGUGCUGCUGAUGCCGAUAUGGUAACUAGUCAAAUUGCCCAAGAGUUGGAACAUAAUGGUUAUGGUCUGUGCCUGCACUAUCGUGACAUACAUUCGGCUGCCUUUUUGGCAGAUUCGCUGCAAAGUGCUGCGGAUGCGUCCCGUAAGUUAAUUCUUUUCAUAAGUGUGAAAUUUAUGCAACUUGAAUGGUCGCAGCCAGAGUUCCGAGCCUGCUUGCAGGCUGUGCUAGAAUUAAUCCGGCCCUCCAGGCGGAGACAGAAACUAAUCCUGAUCACUUCGGUGCCCCAGUCUAUGCUCUCUAUGGAUCCCAUCAUGGACAUUCUCACCCGAACUUGUACGGUUAUUUCGUGGGAUGAUCGACGAUUUUGGGACAAACUUCGCUUUGCCAUGCCGGAUAUUGGCAAAAAUUCUCCUGUAAAUAAAGCUCCCCAUCGGAAGGCAAUCAAUAUCCGGUACACUCCUGCUCCAACAAACCCCACUGCACCGACGGCCACCUGGCCCAAGCGACCGAACUCCGAGGUGUGCGUGCAGUAUCCUCCACAGCCGCCCCACUCACCAAACCACAGUACUUACAACACGGAGGAUGAACUCUCAACCGCCUCCUCGCCACAGUACGAGGCACCAUCGAUCCAUCAUGGUGGCGGUGGCGGAGGAGGCGGCAGUGGCGGUGGCGGUCACGCAAUGGCACCCUUCCAGCACCUCCAUCACCAUCACCAGGCGAUGCCGCACCCGUCGGCGCCACAACAUCACAUUCCACUGCACUCCACGACCCAUCAUUCGCCGCACCUGCAAACGUUUCCCCACCCUCAGCUCCACCACGGGAACACCGGUGGGGUACCCGUAGGCUUCUACCGCAACAAUGGUUAGAACUUAUAAGCGAAAAAAGACCAAUAUUGGUCGGACACCAGUUUGGAGAAUGUUAUGAAAUCUAUAGAAGAAGGUUUGUCUGUUCUGAGUGCUUCAAAACAGUUCGGUGUGCCAAAACCAACUUUGAGACGCUAUCGACGAAAAUAUCCAGACAUGGAGGAUACGUCGUCGAAUAAAGGCCGCUUUAAAGCCACAUUCAGGUCCAGCUUCGAUGAAUUGCCUAUUCGUUUGCGGUUAAAAAUGGCAUAGAGCACCCUUUCAAAGGAACAUGCGCUGGACGGACAAUGGUUGAAAUGUUUAUGAAGGCUCAUAAGCUAUCUUUGAGAAAGCCAGAAAAUACCUCAGUUGUGACUUAUUUUUUCGAACUUUGGGAGAUAUACGAGCUUAGUAUCGUUUUCCUGCGUGUGACAUUUACAGUGUUG